AUGGGAGAAGUAGAGAAGAGUUAUGAGGGAGAUUAUAGUGUUCAAGAACUCUUAACUGCUCUAGCAGUUCACCCUGACAAAUACCAGGACUACAAGUUGCAAUCAGGAGUGUUGAGGUACAAGGGUAAGGUUUACAUUGGCAAGACUACAACCUUAAGACAACAGUUAUUGCAGAUUAUGCACUCUUCUACAAUUGGAGGACACUCAGGACAACAAGGUACUCUCAAAAGGUUGCAACUGCAUUUCUUUUGGCCUUCUAUGAAGAGGGAUGUACAAGAAUUUGUAUCCAUCUGUGACAUAUGUCAACGGUGCAAGGAUGAAAAUGUUGCACAACCACCUCUAGUCAUUCCAACUCAAGCUUGGAGUGAUAUUAGCUUGGAUUUUAUUGAAGGGCUACCCAGGUCUCAAGCAUAUCAUCCGAAGCCCGAUGGGCAAACUGAAAGGCUUAACAGAUGCCUUGAAGGAUAUCUUAGAGCAAUGGUCAUGAGCAAUCCUAAACAGUGGGUAGCUUGGUUACAUUUGGCUGAGUGGUGGUAUAAUACAAACUAUCACACAGUUUUGCAUAGCAUCCCCUUUCACGCAUUAUAUGGAUAUGAUCCCCCUCAAAUACCCAUGGGACCUUACACUGACACACCCCUGCAAUUAGUGCAAGACUUGAUUCACCAAAGGGUGCAGUUUCAACAGGUGCUAAAGGAUCAUAUAGUUCAAGCUCAAGCUAGAAUGAAGUGGUAUACAGAUCAAAGAGAAAGUGAAAGGGAAUUACAAGAAGGGGAUUGGGUGUACUUGAAACUUCAGUCAUACAAACAAACUACAGUACCACUGAAGAGGCAUCUGAAGUUAAGUCCCAAGUAUUAUGGACCCUAUAAGAAAAGGAUUGGUCCUGCUAUUAUACCCCAGCAGCAACUACACUUAGUGGGUACUGAUGGGAAAAUACUGGUUAGGCCUAUGGCUAUUUUACAAAGAAAAAUGGUGAAGGAAAAUAAUGUUGUGGCAGUUAAGGUGUUGAUACAGUGGGAAAAUUUAUCCCCUCAGGAGGCUACAUGGGAAGAUUAG